AUGGAUCGGUCGGUGAGUGCGGGGCGGAAGGCGGAAGCGCCGAUCCCGGCGGCGCAGGAGAGCUUCUGGUCGAGCCUGGUGAAGAAGGUGGCGGACUUCGUGCUCGAGGACGACAUCCCCUCCUCCUCGUCGCGCGCUUCCACGCCGCGGCAUCAGCAGUCUCCCACGCUCAAUGCAGAGGAUCUUCUAGGAAAACCUGUUGCGGUUAGCGGUGUAUCCAGCAGCCCGCGGAGGGCGAGCGCAAAGACAAGCUCCCCACAAGCACAGCCGGGGAGCGGCAAGCAUGUUGGAGUCUCGAAGCCCACGCAGGCACGAAACAGUGGAACCGCAAGAUCUGCAGGAGCAGAACGGACGGCAGGGAUGGCAGCCGGUGGAAUGGGAGAAGGUGGAACGGGAGCAGGGAAGCGAGGUGCAGGGGAUUCCAAGCCUGCUGCAGCAGCAGGAGGAGCAGCAGGAGCAGGGAGGGGAGCGUCAGGUCGUGCUUCAGCUGGACCAACGUUUGGGGGUGCUAAGGGAGGAGGAGGCGGAGGAGGCGGCGGUGGUGGCGGUGGAUUUGUGCAGGGAGGGCUGGACGCCAUCAUCAACUCUAUUUCCCUGCUCGGUGACACCCUUGGCUCCGCUCUCGAUGAGGGCAUAGGCAAGGUGGUGCAGGUGGCCGUAGACGACCACCCGCCCCCCAGAAAGGCAGCAGCGGGCAGCACCAAGCCCGGCGCGUCAGGCAGGCAGUCCGCGCCCAGAGCGGCCAUCAGAGACGCGCGCCCCCGCCUCGUGCAGUCAAAAGGGCCUGAUAGCGGACGAGAAGGGCGAGCAGGGGAAACAGAAGCUGCUGCCUCCCUCGUCUCUCCUGCUUCCCUCGCCUCUCCUCCCGCCCUUGUCUCUCCUUCUUCCCCUGUCUCGCCGCCCUCCCUAGCUGCACGGCCUGACGAGCCUCUUGCCUCCCCUCCUCCCCCUCAAGCUCCUGGUCAUGCAUCCUCUGGCCCAACUGCCACGUCAGCCGCCAAGUCAGCCGCUACAUUAGCCGCCACGUCAGGUGCUGAGCUGGCAGCGGAAGACGAUCUGCUAGUGCGGUUGCCGAAGGGAAGGGAGAUGCUGGUGGGGAGAGAGGAGGGGGUGAAGAGGGCGAGUGAGGCGGCGGUGCAUGUGCCCAAGGAGACCCAGCUCGUGGCGUCCAGAAAUGUGGCGACAGCCAUGGCCAUGCGGGCGAAGCAGCUACAGGCGGACCUCAAGGCAGCCCGCCGCGACGCCAUGGACGCUCGAGAGCGGUGCAGAGCGGUGGAGGAGGAGAAUGAGCGGCUCAGAGCGGCGCUGGCGGCUGCAGAAGAGACGAAGGGGGGAGUGAAGGGGGAGGGGAUGGGAGGGCGUGAGGCGGAGGUGGAGGCGGGGGUGGAGGGGGAAGGAGGGGUGGACACACAUCACCACCACCAUCACUCGGAAUUGGAAGAUAUGGUGAGUUUUGAUGGGCUGGAAUCUGCACGAGCAGCUGGGAGUGUUGCUGCAGGAGAAGGUGCUGCUGGUGGCGAGGAAGGCAGCAGUGGAGCGCGAGAGACAGAUGCCACAAGACUACCCCCCUUCUUCUUGCUGUCUGCUGACUUCCUGUCCUUUUCCAUUAUGCCCCCUUCAUGUUUCCCCGCACCUGUUCUUGCUCGCCCGCAGCUGCACGAGCAGCUGGGAGUGCUGCUGCAGGAGAAGGCGCAGCUGGUGGCGGGGAAGGCAGUGGUGGAGCGAGAGAACGAGAUGCUACACCACCUGCUGCUCUACUACGAGCACCUCUACCUGCGCGGAGGCAGCACCACCCCAGGCGCACACCAUGCACUUGCUGAGGCGGGACAUGUGCUGUCCGAAGGGGGGGGGGCGCUGCCGGAGGGAGAGUGUGGACUGCUGGACGGGGGGCAUGUGAUGUCGGCAGAGGAGCAUGCGGCGCUGAUGCACAAGCACAUGCACUUGCAUGGGGGUCUGACGGAUGGGCAUGGUGGUGAUGUGGAUGCGCACAUGCAUCUGAUGAAUGCAGGCUCUCUUGUCCCUGCUGCCGAUGCUGCAGAGAGCAGGGUUCACGCUGCUGACAUGACAUCAGGGGACUGUGCCGGGGUUGGGGGGAACCGGGAGGCGGGACAGGAGAAGGCUGAGGAGCACACAGGGCCGCCUUCGUUUCAGCAGCAGAUGGCAGCAGCAGACUCGUUGGAUGAAGCAAGGGGAGGCAGUGUGGUGGGUGAAGGGGCAGAGGCGGGUGGGGGAGCCGAAGCGGGUGGCGGGGAGAACCGGGAGGAGGGACAGGAUUGCGCUGAGGAGCAGGUGGGGCCACCUUCCUUGCUGCAGCAGGUGGCAGCGGGGGGCUCGUCGGAUGAAGCAGGGGGAGGCAGGGAGGCAUGUGGGUUGACUGAGCCGGGUGGAGGGGGUGAGACGGGUGGGGGAGCUGAGGCCAGUGGGGGAGCCGAGGCGGGUGUGGGGGGGAACCGGGAGGAGGGACAUGGGAAGGCUGAGGAGCAUGACGGCCCGCCCUCGUUGCAGCAGAAGGUGGCAGUGGCAGUCUCGCUGGAUGACACAAUGGCAGGCAAGGAGGCGUGUGGAGGGGCGGAGGCGGGUGGGGAUGGGUCGAUGGAUGGAAGCAGUGAUGGGGCGAGGGUGAAUGGUGCCAUCUCGGGGGGUGCAGAGGAAGAGCAGAAAGGUGGAGCAGGGAGGAUGUGUGCAGGGAGUGGUGGGGUUGAUGACUGUACGGGUUCCAAAGUCUAUGCAGGCAGCUGA